CCCCAGGAGCCCUGGUACACCCCGAAUUCUCAGGGCUGUGGCUCCUCGUUUUACAAAUGAGUAAGUUGGUGGCUGGGAAGGAAGUGGGCUGGGCCAUGACCGAGAGUCAUUAUGAUUCACGGGGAAAACCCUCCUCUGUGCAAAAGGCUUUGUGCGGCUUCCUAGGAUCACAGGGUCAGUGGAUGUGUGCAGACCCCUAGAGGUCUAGACAGCCCCUCACCACCCCGCUGCCAGCUCCCCAGCCCCCGGGUGGGUCUGCAGUCCUGGACGGAUCCUGUGCCUGGGGGAGGUGUGGACAGGUGUGGGUUGUGGUGUUGUUUAUACGUUAAACACACUGGGAUUCCAGGUAAGUUUCUAUCAGAAGAAAGCCCUUCACUGCUCAGAUAGAAAUUUCAAAAUACUGAACUGCCUUUGGAUCCUGGCAGAAGGGAGUUUUCCUGGAGUGAUGAAAGUGUUCUAAAAUUAGAUUUGAGCGAGGGCCGCACAAAAGGAAUUAUGGUAUUAUUAAAGAAAUCGUGGCUUUGCUGAAAAAACUGAAAACUGGAACACGGAGCAUUUGAAGAUACAGGCGGAAAUAGCUAUGACUGAAAUGAUCUGAUGGCUGGGAUUUGCUUUCAAAUAACACGGGCCGUGGGUGAGGAGAGGAAACCAGAUUGGCCAUCAGCUGAGUGAUGGGCAGAUAGCGGAUCACCAGGAACCUGAGCCUCUCUGAAGACUCCUCUCUCUGUGUCAUCCACACCUGGUGUCCAGUUCCACAAACAUGCUCUGAACCCCUGCUCCGUGCCAGGCGCUGUGCUGGGCAGUGCUGGGGACACAGUGGUGACAGCCCAGCCCUGCCCAGCUGAGGCUCCCAGGCCAGUGGGGGAAAAAGACCCAGCCCCAGACAGCAAGAACCCAGAGCUCAGAGCCCUGCCCAGCGAGGUCAGCCCAGGACAUGGUGCAGGAGGAGCAAACCAGGACAGGUGAGUACAGGUGUGGCCCCCUGCCCGGAAGCAGGUUGCUGAGGCCUCAGAGGAACCAGGAUCCAGAAGCCAUCAGGAUGUGGGCGAAUCAUAAAUGGGGACUCAACAAGGGGGUCUCCCCAGCCCCACUUUGGGAAGCCAACAAGAAGCAGAGCCCUGAAGAAAGCAUGUGGCUAUACAGCUUCCUGCCCUUCUGUCUGGGUUUGCACACAGAGCAGGGCUCAAACCCCCUCUCUGCAGGAACUGGACAAGCAGGAGUCCCCACCGGGGGCGUCAGUUUCUCCAUCUGCAAAGGGGCGUCCUAAAGAUGCCCACUUUCCCAGGUUGUUUGUUUUGCCAUCCAUGGAGAUAACACUGUAGGUCCCCUGCACGGGGUGGGGCCGGGAAAGGCGAAGUCACUUUUUACUGAUUUUCUUCCUUGGAGACUCCCAAGCUCUCCCAGGAGGCCAUGGGCCUGGGUGGUCGGUAAGAACUACCCAAAAAUCUUCCCCCGCUUCUCCCUUCUCCUUGGUGACCUGGUUCUUCUCCCAGUACCAAAUCCCGGCCUUCAGCACAAAGAGGGUUAGGCAGCUGCCCCAGGAGGCCUGGCCAGGUCAUGGCCUCUGCCUGGUGCCUGCCACACCCACCCUGGUACCCAAACUGGGCCCCAGAUCCUUGGUGACUCGAUCCCUCCAAAUUCAGGUGAUCUCCCCUGGCUCCAAAUCACCAAACCCUCCCAGGUCCAGCGGCAGACAGAGCUGAGCCCCAACCAGGAAGGCAGUCUGAGCACUGGGACUUCAACACCACCAUCUCCAGGACUCGUUUUGGGGUGACAGAUGGCGCUGACUGGGUACAGCUGGCUACUCCUCAGUGCCACAUUCGUGAAUGUGGGGGCCGAGAUCUCUAUCACCCUGGAGCCUGCCCAGCCAACCGAAGGGGACAACAUCACGCUGGUCGUCCACGGGCUUUCAGGGGAACUGCUCGCCUACAACUGGUACGCGGGGCCCACGCUCAGCGUGUCGUACCUGCUGGCCAGCUACAUCGUGAGCACAGGCGAUGAGACACCUGGCCCCGUCUACACGGGGCGGGAGGCUGUGCGCCCCGACGGCAGCCUGGACAUCCAGGGCGUCCUGCCCGGGCACUCAGGCACCUACAUCCUACAGACCUUCAACAGGCAGUUUCAGACCGAGGUGGGCUACGGACACGUGCAGGUCUAUGAGAUCUUGGCCCAGCCCACAGUCUUGGCCAACAGCACAGCACUGGUGGAGCGUCGAGACACCCUGCGUUUGACAUGCAGCAGCCCUAGCCCCACUGCCGAGGUCCGCUGGUUCUUCAACGGUGGAGCCCUGCCUGUCGCUCUCCGCCUGGGACUGUCCCCCGAUGGGAGGACGAUAAGCAGGCAUGGCAUCCGCCGGGAGGAGGCCGGCACCUAUCAAUGUGAGGUGUGGAACCCGGUCAGUGUCAGCCGCAGCAAGCCCGUCAACCUGACCGUGUACUUUGGCCCAGAACGUGUGGCCAUCCUCCAGGAUUCCACCACCCGCACAGGCUGCACCAUCAAAGUUGACUUCAACACAUCCCUCACCCUGUGGUGCGUGUCCAGGUCCUGCCCAGAGCCCGAGUAUGUGUGGGCCUUCAACGGGCAGGCCCUAAGGAACGGCCAAGACCACCUCAACAUCAGCAGCAUGACCGCGGCCCAGGAGGGGAUGUACACGUGUAUUGUGAAGAACACCAAGACCCUGCUCUCCGGAUCUGCCUCAGUGGUGGUCAAGCUCUCUGCUGCAGCAGUUGCCAUGAUGAUCGUGCCCGUGCCCACCAAGCCAAUGGAGGGCCAGGACGUGACGCUGACCGUGCAGGGCUACCCCAAGGACCUGCUGGUCUACGCCUGGUACCGUGGGCCUGCCUCUGAGCCCAACCGGCUGCUCAGCCAGCUGCCUUCAGGGACCUGGAUUGCAGGCCCUGCACACACAGGCCGGGAGGUGGGCUUCCCCAACUGCUCGCUGUUGGUGCAGAAGCUGAACCUCACGGACACUGGCCGCUACACACUCAAGACUGUCACACUGCAGGGCAAGACUGAGACACUGGACGUGGAGCUGCAGGUGACCCACCGGGAGCUCCCAGAAUCAGGGACCAUGUCUCCUCCAUCAGACCAGGAGCUCCCAGAAUCAAGGACCAUGUCUCCUCCAUCAGACCAGGAGCUCCCAGAAUCAGGGACCAUGUCUCCUCCAUCAGACUGAGCAUCCCUAGGGAUUUGUGAGUCCAUGUUUCUAUAGCAGAGCCAGGUUUCCCCCAUUAGCUCUCAGACACUUGGGGAUGAGAUCAUUCCCCAAGUCUGGCAUCAGACUGAGCACUCUCAGAAGCCAAGUCCCUGAGUCCGGGAUGGUGCCUCCUCUAUCACUGGAAACUUCCAGGAUCAAGGACUGAACCACUGCCAGACACCCACUUUCAUCCAUUCACUGAUGAAACCCUGGUUUUCUGGGUCAGUGUUAGAAGAGAAUGCUGUUCAGUGGCAGCAGGCCACCGCGACAAAGCCUGGGAUUCCUUUUCACCCAUUCUCUCUUCUCACAGUCAGCCUCCCUCCCUCGCACAAGGACCAACGCUACCUUCCUGAACCUGAACCUGGCACAGGCUGAGCGUGGGGCGGAACCGGCCACUGGGUGGCCCGGCCUGGGCAGGGGAGCAGAAUGGGUGGGGGCACUGGGGACCUGGUCCUCCACCUCCCUGAUGGCCUCCUUUGCCCCCCUCCCCAUCUGCCCCCACAGCCCUGGGGUAGCAGCGUGAUCCUGGAGACGUCCAGAGAGAAGAACUCUUCACGUCAUCCUCUCGUCCUUGCCCCCCACUGGUGGGGACCCCUCCCCCAGUGGUCCUGGGGGAGGUUGUGGUCCUGCUGUUCUCCUGCUUCCACCCUAGAGCUAGAGCCACGGGGCCCCACUCCCUCGCUGAGCUUUUGGGGAGCCACCAAGUCCAUAAACAUCUGGUUAAUGCA